GCUGCUGCUGAAGGCCGGCAUCGACAUCAACAAGACCACCAAGUCCGGAACGGCUCUGCACGAAGCUUCUCUGUAUGGGAAAACAGAGGUGGUCCGACUGCUGCUGGACGCCGGAGUGGACGUCAACAUCCGUAACACCUACAACCAGACGGCGCUGGACAUCGUCAACCAGUUCACCACGUCGCACGCCAGCAGGGACAUCAAGCAGCUGCUCCGAGAUGCGACAGGUGUUUUGCAGGUCAGAGCUCUGAAGGAUUACUGGAACCUCCACGACCCGACCGCCCUCAACAUCCGAGCCGGAGACGUCAUCAUGGUGUUAGAACAGCACGUGGACGGACGCUGGAAGGGCCACAUCCACGACACCCAGAGAGGGACGGACCGAGUGGGAUUCUUCCCUCCGUCCAUCGUAGAGGUCAUCAGCAGACGCAACGGGGGCACCCUAUCCCGGCACGCCUCCCUGCCCACCCAGCGCCAGCAGCUGCUGUCCAGAGCCCCCCUCUCCUCCAGCCUCAGCUCCGCCCCUCAGACCGACGACUCCUACACUCUGUACGCACCCCCCACCCACGUGGUGCUGCCGCUAGCCAACGGCCUAACUACCAACACAGGUUUGUCUCCGAGCCGCCUGUCUCAGUCUGAGUUUCCCUUCGAGGACAUCUGGGUUCUCAGGGACUCAUGUAAUGCCGGCGCCCCCUGCUGUUGACUCUGCACACUCUGACCUCAGCACACAGCUCGAUCAUCCUGCAGGUGGGACUCCUCGGAGGCAGGCGGUGACGGUGCAGAGACCCGCUGAACAGAGUUUCUCCCAGCAGUUUGUUCGUCCUCAGCAGCUGCUGGAGGGGAAGGAUGCUGAGGCCAUCUACCAGUGGCUGAGUGAGUUCCAGCUGGAGCAGUAUACUGGGAACUUCAUCAGCGCUGGUUAUGAUGUUCCAACCAUCAGCAGGAUGACUCCUGAGGAUCUGACGGCCAUCGGAGUGACCAAACCAGGCCACCGCAAGAAAAUCUCCAUCGAGAUCAGCAACCUGAACAUCCCUGAGUGGCUGCCCGAGUACAUCCCAUCUGAUCUGGGUGAGUGGCUCAGUGCCAUCGGCCUCCCGCAGUACCACAAAAAACUCUCAGAAAACGGCUACGACUCCAUCAGCAUUGUCAAAGACCUUACAUGGGAGGACCUGCAGGAGAUCGGCAUCACCAAGCUGGGCCACCAGAAGAAGCUGAUGCUGGCAGUGAAGAAGCUGUGUGACAUCCAGAGGGCGAUCCUUCAGGCCGAAUCAGGCCAAGGAACGCUGCGUCGCAAAGGCCCCGGAGCCCUGCACCUGGUCACCAUUGAGCCGCCUGACACAACAGGUGAAUGCUCCUCUCCUCACACCCCAAAGAUGCUGACCUUCCAGGACAGCGAACUGAGCGCUGAGCUGCAGACGGCCAUGUCCAGCCACUAUGGAGGCUGCGAGGAAGGCUUUGCCAUCAAGAACGCUGUGGGAAUGUCCCAGAGCCAGGAGAGCAUUGACACCCGGUCCAGAGGCUCUGGGCGCUCCCAGGAGCCCCCCACGGCUUCCAUCUCCCCCCACAGCUGGUCUCAGGAGAGUCUGGAUGGCAGCCCCGCCAAGGAGAGGAACCUCCCCGAGGGCUGGGACCAGAGGCCUCUGCAGCAGCAGCCGCUGCCCAAGCAGGUGCCUCUGGGCACAGCAACCGUAUUUAAGUACCCGGCAAUCCCAGCCAAGCCCAAACUGUCUGGAUCUCGCGGUCCCUCACCUCAUGGCUCCCCAGCAUUGAAGGGUUUCAGCUACCUGCAUUCUCAUUGUGGCUCCACAGACCUGAGCUCAUCGUCCAGGCCUGAGGGCCACUCCAUGACUCUGACACCGCCCAAGAAGCGCACCCAGAGCAUGACCCGCUACGCUCUGUCGGAUGGAGAGCCCGAUGAGGACGACGACGAUUCGGCGUUUCCUUCUGGAAACCUGUCGUCCUAUGCCACCUUGACCCGCAAACCUGGUCGCAGCCAGCUGGCCCGAUUACAGUCGAGUCCAGAAAAGAACGGCAACGUGGGACGCAGUCAGUCCUUUGCAGUGCGUGCCCGGAAAAAAGGUCCGCCUCCUCCUCCUCCAAAGAGGCUGAGCUCAGUGAGCAGCACCACCAGCGGGGAGCUGAGCGACAGCAGCACAACGUCGUCUGCUUGCGGGGCGGUCACAGACAGUCCAGUGAGCGUGAGAAGCAUCGCAGCCUCUUUAGAAGGCAGGACAGAGAUGAAGAACCCACCAGGGCCUAAACCAGAUCUCAUUCAGCAGGAGCCGCCUUCCCCCUCCCACAACCCUGCAGGGCAGGAACCCCGAGAGGCUGCUGGGGUGAGGAGGAGGGUGCAGAGUGAGUACAUUCCCACCCAGAUCAGCAGCAGCACUGAACCAGAUCGAGGAGUGAAGUCUGACUCCGAGGAAGAAGAAUCAAAAGGUCGCGGGCUGGAGGGUUCCUCAUCCCCUCAGAACAGCUCCAGUGAGUGCAUCCCCUUCGCUGAGGAGGGCAACUUGACCAUCAAACAGAGACCCAAAGCUCCGGGGCCACCCAGGGCCGAGGCUGUGCUGGAGCCUCUAGAGAAACCAGCAGCCAAGAACCUGGAGGUGCCCGAGUUUAACCUGAAGGAAUCGGACACAGUGAAGCGCCGGCACAAACCUAAAGACAAGGAACAGGGAGGAGGCUCCCCCAGCAGAGAGGGAGCAGCUGAGUCAGAGUCCGGCAGCAGCAGACCUCCGUCCCAGAGCCAGGAGGUCAGUCUGAGGAUCAGUGAGGCCAGUUUGGAGAGGCCAGCCAGUCCAGCAACAGGAUCUCCCAUUAAACCUCCCCUCUCUCCAAAACCUCCUGCUGUUGCCCCAAAACCUGUCCGCCACAGUCUGCUGGCAGCACAAGCAGCUGGAACUUCCUCUCCAUCUGUGACCGUCACCGGGGUUCAAAGUGUGGCCUUCAGCUCUCCGUCCUCUCCCGCUCACGGGCCCCUGGCUCCAGCUCCGGCUCCUCAGGCCCCUCAGAGUCCCUCACUGAGAGCGGCGAUGCCUCAUGUGUGUGUGGUGGGUCCGGGUCUCAUCCCUGAGUCAUCCUGCGGGACUGAGGUGGUUCAGCAGAGACUGGAUCAGACCAGCACGUCUCUGGAAGCAGCUCUGAUGGCCGUCGAAAGAAAACUGAACCUGGAAGACAACUCAGACAGUGGGCCGAACACGGUGAAGUCCGCAGGGACAAUUCUGGACGACAUCGGCAACAUGUUUGACGACCUGGCCGACCAGCUGGACGCCAUGUUGGACUGAAGACUUUUUGAAUAGUCAGAAUAUUCACCCUCAACCUCAGGAAGUGAAACAGAGACAGACAAAACGGGGAAACAGGCUGUUUGUCCUCACCCCUCUGCUCUGAACAACACGACGGACGCGGUCGGAGAAGCGAAAACACUCGUCUGGUUUCUCAGCCCGAACACCAGCACUUAACCUCCGCUGUGCUUCCUCCAUGAGGUCCUUCGCUCACAUUUCUAACAGACAGUUGAAUCUGGUUACUGAACGGAUGAACGGCCCUUUUUUAACCUUUUUAAGUCGUGUUGUGGUAUCCUAUCAAACAUGAACCAAACAAAGAAGAAGAAGUUGGACCAGCGGUUUGUUAUCAGCCCACAGAUUAUUAUGAUUCUUGUUAUACACUAAUAUUGUAACAUGAAGUUUUAUCUUUUUGACAUUAUACAGAGCCGAGUCCUGACCUCACUUCCUGUCCAGCAUCUGUUUCACUAACGUCUGUAACUCAAUCUGUUCCUGGAUUUAACACUUAUUUAAUAUCUAAAAGUACAUUUAACUAUUAAUUACGUUGCCUGUAAGAAAUGUCAACUUCCAGCAGUUUUGUUGUUGUUUCUCCCGUAUUAAACUAAAUGUGUUGUGGUUGUUUUGUUUCAGGUAAAGGUGAGACAGUGAAAUACAAUCCAGGAAGUCCAGUGUUAGUAACAGAUCCAAGAGAACAUAGAAGUUUAUGAUAUCAGUAUUACAAACCUCUGAAACUCAUAGUAGCUUUUAAAUGAUCCUUUCAUCACCAGGAAAACAGUAGAUCUGUCAAAUUACAAAGUAUUCUAGUGUUCAAAAUGUCCUUAAAAUAAUAUUUAAAGCUUUUAUAUGUCAUUAAACUGUAGCUAACAGGACCCACUCAGUUGGAGAGAGAAGGCACUUGGGAGCCCAUUAAAGGUCAC